UGUAUCGUUAUCGGUUCUGCACAUGCUGAUUUUGUAUUAUUUGGCUUUGAAUAGUUUCUUAUGUUUAUUUGGAAUACAUAAAAAUGGCGUACAUUGCGCUUAGCGAAGCGGAGAAAACCUUUAUUUUACAUGGCGUUGAGGAGGACUUUCGCUGUGACGGGCGUUCGCGCCGUGAUUAUCGGCCCAUGGAGCUGGAAACUGGGCUGGUGAGCAAUGCCAGUGGCUCGGCGCGUCUACGUUUGGCCAAUACAGAUAUCCUGGUGGGUGUGAAGACUGAAAUUGAUGUACCAAAUCCUUUAACGCCAGAGUUUGGCAAAUUGGAAUUCUUUGUCGAUUGUUCUGCAAAUGCAACACCCGAAUUUGAGGGACGGGGCGGCUCUGAUUUGGCACAGGAACUAAUACUUUCGCUUCAGAAUGCCUACGAAUCGCCGUUUGCCUUUGACUAUCGCACCCUGUGCCUAAUACCGGGUCAGCAAUGCUGGAAACUUUAUAUAGACAUUUUAAUUCUGGAAUGUGGUGGCAAUCUGCACGAUGCUGUCUCGCUAGCAGCCAAGGCGGCGCUCUUCAACACAAAGUUGCCGCGCGUAACUGCAACUCUGAUGGACGCUGGCAUCACGGAUCUGAUAAUCUCCGAUAAUCCAUAUGACUGCACACGCAUUGGCAUUGAUGCGGUGCCGCUGCUGGUAACCGUUUGUAAAAUUGGUGACUUUUGUCUGGUCGACCCCUCGGCCGAGGAGGAGGUGUGCAGCACGGUCAGCAUGGUUGUCUCCGUCUCCAUGCGUAACAAUGAAGCAUAUCUCGCUGGCACCCACUUGACCGGCGGCGGCUCCAUGCACAGGGACACCAUGCUCAGUAGCAUCCAAUUAGGUGUCUCGAUAGGUGAGCAGCUAAACAGUUUGCUCGUUAAGAUGCUUAAAGCGGAACAGGAGCGUGUAGGGCCAAAACGGCCAAAAACUGUUGGAUUUCUUAAGUAAAGCGCUUUUUAUUUAAUAUGAAAA